AUGAAAAGGGUGAAGUCCGCGGUCCCCUUGGAGGAGCUAGGUAUCACGGAUCUCCGGGCCCGGAGGGCUAUCACUGGCGCUCUGGUUUUGGAGGUUCGUGGUACGGAAGGUGCCGCCAAGGCUGCCCGCCUGGCGGACAGGAUGGGUGAAGUCUUCGCGGGAUGCGAGGGAAUCAAGGUCUCGCGUCCCGUGAGGACGGCCGAGCUCCGUGUCUCGGGCCUUGACGACUCGGUGAUUGCCGAGGAAGUGGCGGUUGCCGUGUCGUCGGUCGGGGCCUGCGCCGUUGAGGAUGUUAAGGUGGAAGACAUUAAGAUGUCUCCCUCCGGCAUGGGGACGGCAUGGGUGAGAUGCCCUGUUGAAGCGGCGAAGCCCCUCACGGACCAGGGAAGGGUCCGUGUGGGGUGGGUAAAUGCUAGGGUGCAGCUCCUACCGGUGCGCCCACUCCAAUGCUUUAGAUGCUUGGAGAUGGGCCACAUCAGGGCGAGCUGCACCUGCGACGCUGAUAGGUCCGGCGUUUGCUACAGGUGCGGGGUGGCCGGUCACCUUGCGGCCUCAUGCUUGGAGGCCGCGAGGUGUCCAUCCUGCGCCGAGUCGGGCCUGUCGGCGUCGCACAGGAUCGGUUCAGUCCCUUCGUGCAGGACAGCGAAGGGACCAAAGAAGAAGGGCGGUGGCAGCGGGGGUGCAGGUUCGGCCGCGGUGCGGGCCCCCUCCACUCCCGCUGCCGCGAAGUCGCGUGGUGGCGGGGCGGCUACGGCGAUGGACACUAAGUCCGUCCCCGUGGUCUCCCUGUCCCGUAUAGAUGCCCCCGUGCCCUCCGGCCUCGUUGAGGCCAUGGAGGUCACCGAGGAGUGA